AUGAAAGCCUUCGUCGUCAAAGAGUUUGCCCACCACUCACAGAUCCCAUUGACGCACGACUUCCCCGAACCGAAGCCCAAACCCAGUUCUGACGAAGUGCUCGUGGAGGUUCAUUCUGCAGGACUCAAUUUCUUCGACAUCCUGCAAACCCAAGGAAAAUACCAAAACAAACCCCCCUUCCCCUUCGUUCUCGGCUCCGAAUUUGCAGGCCGCAUCUCAACAUCCCAAAUCCUCCCACCCGGAUGUCCCUUCAAGCCCGGACAGAGAGUGUUCGGGAGCGGGCAGGGUGCGUUGGGCGAGGAGGUCGCGACGAGCUGGAAGCAUUUAUUGCCGUUGCCGGAUGCAUUGAGUUAUGACCAGGGAGCUGGGCUUUUUGUUACGUGGCCGACGUCGUAUGAAGGACUGGUGGGGCGGGCGAAGCUGAAACCCGGUGAAUGGGUGCUCGUAACGGCAGCAGCAGGCGGCGUGGGCAUCGCCGCCGUGCAGCUCGCAAAAGCCCUCGGCGCCCGCGUCAUCGCCGCCUCCUCGCCCUCCAAACUCUCCAUCGCCACAAAAUACGGCGGCGCCGACUUCUCGAUCGAUUAUACGAAACCUGGUUGGCAACAGGAGGUAUUGAAGAUCACGGAUGGGAAAGGCGUGGACGUCAUCUACGAUCCUGUCGGGAUGAUUAAAGAUUCGUUGAAGUGUAUAGCGUGGGGUGGGAGGGCGUUGGUCAUCGGCUUUGCGGGUGGUGCAAUCGAGAAGGUCCCGAUGAACCUCGUCUUACUAAAGAACAUAUCACUAGUCGGCCUACACUGGGGGAUGUACUUCCAGAAAGACCCGAAACACGCCACAGAAGUAUGGAAAGCCCUCCUCGACAUGCUCGCCUCCAAACGCGUCACCCCUGUCGUCUACUCCCAAACUUACACCCUCGACACCGUCGCUCAAGGCCUCGACGAUCUCGAGAAGCGAAAGACGUGGGGGAAGGCGAUUGUUAGGGUUAGGGAUCCCGAACAGGCGAAGAGGGAGGAGAAGGCAAGGGGGAAGCUUUGA